CACUCAAAGGCAGCAUCCGCAGAAACGUGCUGUCGGACACCCUGAAAGCAACAAGCUUGACUGGACCAAACGCUCCUUACUGCAGUGCCCUGCUCUCAGCACUUUGACGGGAAUAGCAACAAAACGAGGUUAUUCAUCCUCACGAAACGUUGGUCUGAAGUGAACUGGAGGAAGGAAGAUGUCAGCUGUUUAUAAAGAUGAACAGGAGGACUGGUUGACGGUGUGUCUAAAGUACCUGCUCUUUGUUUUCAACUUUCUCUUCUGGGUGGGUGGAGCUGCUGUUUUGGGUGUUGGAAUCUGGACACUAGUGGAGAAGAGUGACUACUUGAGUCUGCUGGCGUCCAGCACUUUUGCUGUCUCGGCAUACAUCCUAAUCCUGGCUGGCGGCCUGGUGGUGGUUACAGGCUUCUUGGGGUGUUGUGCUGUCAUCCGGGAACAGAGAAGCUGUCUGUCCACGUAUUUCUUCUGCCUGCUGUUCAUCUUCUUGAUUGAACUGGUGGCUGGAGUACUUGCUUAUGUAUACUACCAGAGGCUGAGUGAGGAGCUGAAGCAGCAUCUCAACCAGACUAUGACAGAGAACUAUGCCCAGCCCGGGAAGGAGGACAUCACAUUAGCUGUGGACAGACUACAACAGGAUUUCAAGUGCUGUGGCAGCAACAACUCCCAUGAUUGGAUAGUGAGUGUGUACAUCUCGUCAAAGCAGGCAGAAGAGAGAAUUGUGCCUGACAGCUGCUGUAAAACCAUCACCCCUCACUGCGGCAAGAGAGACCACCCCUCUAACAUCUACAAGGUGGAGGGUGGAUGCAUCACUAAGCUGGAGCAGUUUCUGGCAGACCACCUGUUGGUCAUUGGUGCUGUGGGAAUAGGAGUAGCCUGUCUGCAGCUGGCUGGGGCAGCCAUGACAGCCUGCUUUAUCUAUAUGCUCUAUAAAGAAGAGGAAGAGGACUUCGGUACAUUGUGAUUUAGCUCUAGAGCUUUUGUGGUUUAAUCAACUGAAGAGACAAGAUCUGUGGGAUGGUGUUCACCUGCUGUUUAUACAGAAGGAUCAAGAUGGACCCUUACUGAGCAGACCUGGCCCCCAACACACCACCUUCAACAGGCAGUUGGAGCAAUGACCUACUGAAACUUAACUUCAACCUCUGAUUUUUGAACUCUGACCUGGUGAUCUACGCCAAAUGCUCAGACAUGUUUCAGGUCACCUACAUUGCAGUCAGAAACUAACUGUGCCAUUGAACAGCCAGGCUGAUCUUUGGUUCCCUCUGUACAGUAUUAGACUGAAGUUAUAAUGUUGUUCAAUCCAGGCUUAUACAUUCCUGAUACCUGACGGAGAUCUAGGCUUCCUGGAGCAUCAUGUCUGGUUGCAUCAUUGCCUUGGCUGAGAUGCAUGCUUUCGUUUGAGCAGGACUGAAGAAAGGGCAGUCCUUACUCAUAUUGCAUUCUACUCAACUAAUGAUGAUGCAAAUUGAUUUAUCAUGUUUUCACUAUGCAGAAUUAUAUAAUAGGGUUUUCUGGCCAUUCCAGUGCUUAAGUAAGCUGAGUGAGAGCACCAUGUACACUGGUGUCACUGAUCAUAGGUAACUUACAGUUGUAUAUUUUAUAAACACAAUGUGCCUCUUUCACAAUUCUGCUGAUAAAUGAUUAUGUAUUAAUUCUGCACCUGGAAUCUUUAAAGAGAGCUGGUAAUACACUGUGAUAAACAGCAGCAAAGGAAAUAUAGUUUACUAGCUUUAUUUUUGUAGUUAUUUCUGUAUUACUGACAAUAGCACUAAACUUUGAACUGUAUUAUGGUUGAGAUUAACUGAUCAAUACUGGUAAUAUUUAAGUGAAUGGCUAUGAACAUUAGGACAUUUCCAGACAGCUCAAUAACAAAAACUGAAAGUCAUUUUGGUUUCUAGAUUCCUGAAUUUUUGACUCCACCUAGUGGCCGUCAAUGAGCAUAUACUCUACUAAGUGCUGUAUUAUUACCAUGUGCUGCACAUUCGUUCUAAUACCAUAUUAUGAAAUUCUGAAUUUAUGAUAUAUAAAAAGGAGAUAUUUAUCUUGAUGUGUGAUGCUAAUGUAUGCAUUUCAUAUGGUAAUUUUAACAUGAACACAUUUCACUCUCUGUGAAUAUAAGAUUUAUUUCCACACUUUCCUGAACACACUGAGGUUUCAUUCCCUGCAGUGAAGAAGUUGACCUUUGUAUGAGCCAAAGAAAGCAGGGACUAUAUUGUUUUCACUGCCCAAUCUAUCUCUCCAUUCCUUUUGCCAAAGCUAUUACAUAUCGACACCCUCUUAAAAUAAUGGCCUAAGUCAUUUUUUCAGGUUUUUCAGGAAACACAAAAAACUCAACAAAAGAGUCACACUUUUGACAUAGGCCAUUAUACAACCGGGGGUAGAAUUGCAUGUUCCCCUCAACUGAGGAUUCAGGCGAUUUUACCAGAGGUGGCCAGCAUCAUGAGGGGGUGAUUUAGGCAAAAAAAACAUUUUUGUCAAAACAUGACUUAGGCCAUUAUUUUAGGAAGGUGACGAUAUGGAACAAUGAGUAGCCUUGUUGCCACUAUACUGUAGAGGUGAAAGGUCUCGGAUUGUCUGUUGUGGAAUAUAAAAUAAUAAUAUUUACUCUCUGGAUGUAGAUGUUUCUGUCCUAGACCAAAAAGUGAAAAUCUUAAUCCCUUUCAAGAACAUGUCACAGUUGCCAUGACUCAGUUCUUUGUGAAGGUCCUCGUAGGAUUUGUUUUUUUUCCUGAUUGACAUCUCAAUGAAGGUUGUUAAUGUAUGUAGAUGGUUGAUGAUGAGUUAAUGAUAUAACACUGGCAUGUGCUCCAACUACUGAUUGUGCUAUUCAAAAUAUUGAUAUGAACCUCAUAAAUAAACGAUGAAUAUUGUUGCAUUAAGAAAUUGCAUUGUGUAAAUGAAAGAGAAAUAUUUGGUGUCGUUUUAGACAGGCAGCUACGAUCCAGUGAUUGCUGUUUGGCGCUCUUCAGUUGAUGAGAUGAUGAUCAUUAUGGGCAUUAUGUCGAGUUGAGUCAGUUCAUCUAUAUAGACCAGAGUGACUGCUUUGUCCUAGAAGGCUAUAUACAGUUUUUUCAUGCAUACGACAUCUUUCCAUAGAUUAAUAUACAGUAAAUCGAAAUCUCACAUUUUUCCAUACUGAAUCAAAAAAAUGUUUUAUCUGGCAUUUAUAAAUGGGUGCCAAAAUGGACGUACUGUACACUUCCAGGAAAGUAUGUGCAGUAUUUGUAGAGGUGCUUUAGGCUGCUUUUCAACCAAAGGCCUCAGGAUGCUGGUUCCAGAAAUGCUCGUGAUACACUCAAUCAAUAGGAAAUCCCUCAACUUCUCCCUGGAAAUACAAAGUCAGCACUACUUUUCCACAACACAUUAAAGUCUCUCUGUGUAAGGGCAAUGUCAAUUGGAGUAGUCAACCACUAGAGGGAGACAAAGCUUUUCCUUUUGCAGUGGCACAGUCCUCAUCCUAUCGGCGUGAAAUAAUCCUGCUGCUUUGAUAAAACCUACCCAACGGGGCCAGUUCAGUCUCACCCACCACUUAGUAAUAUUCCAAAAUAAUAGAGGAUGGAGUUAAUGUUUUGUUUUGUCAUACUUUUUGCCCGACUCAAUGUGUUUGACAUAAUCUGCACGUUUCUUGUGUGUAAAACAUGAUUAAAUCUCAAACAUAGUUGAUGAAGAUAGACCCAAAUCUUAACCUGCUCCUUGCUGCAGUAGACAAGCUGGAGAAGCACAAUUCAGAAAGACCAUUGUACUGAUUCAUGUUGUCUAUUUUUCAUGAACCGUGCCUGUUUAUCUAAACGCGCUUCAUGUCCAGUUUGCUCUUCAUAAUGGUACAAGCUAUACUCCGCCUCAGUUUCACGCAGAGCUUUGCAAAUCUGUCUUGUUGCAUUUCCUCUGUGUACACUGGAAAAGCAGCUUGUAUAAAUCUUUCCAGAUAAUGUGAGCUGGAGUGAGAGCUCAGGUCGAUGUUGUUCACUUUAUCAUGUAAUGUGUGGGCUUUGUUGAGAGAACACUGGGAAAACACUUGUUACGUGUGGGGUCUCCCACAAAUCUGCUUUGGAAAAUCUUGUAGGGUUCCCAGCUCAAACCACAUUGAUUCAGGAUUCGUUGUUAGUGCAGUUCUGUGUGGUUUUAGGGUCUUGUUUAGGCAAAGUCUCCAUAUAUUAAACACUGCCAUGCACAUGGA